AUGGCUGCUAAAGGUUCUAACGGGGUAGGGGUGUGGAGGAAGGUGGAUUAUAGCAGGAGGGUGCAACCUAGGUGGGAUAUUGCAGACGGCGGUAAGGGGUUUAAGGGGAUUAGGGAAGAAGAUUCUGUAACUUCCUUCUUCGUGUCCGAGUUCGGUGCUCGUUGGAAAGCUCUGGACUUGUUCUAUGAGUUCAAAGCCUAUGGAAACAUGGUGGAGUUUGUCAUUCCACCUAAGAAGGAUAGAUACGGCAGGAGAUACGGCUUCGCACGGUUUGCUAAUGUGAAGGAUGUUAAUACUCUAGAGAUCAAACUUGAUAAUUUGUUCCUCGAUGGUAGGAAAUUGCAUGUCAGUUUGACGAGAUUCAAUAGAACAGUGUUUAAGCAGCCUGCCUUAGUUCAACAGGAUAGAAGGGAAUGCAAGGGCCAAUUAGUCGGUGAGAAGAGGGGUUUCAGGCAUAGCAACGUGGUGGAUGCUUGUGGUCAGAAUAGAUCUUUCGCAGAUGUGCUACAAAAUAAGAAGUCUUUGAGGAAUUCUGUUGUGGUGUCAAAAUCUAUAUCCUUUCAACCUAGUGAGGAAGCCUCUAACCAGUACUUCAAAGCUUUUACUGGCGUCAUCAAAGAACCGGGUGUUGAUGUCGAUAUCAAAAGGCUUUUCCUGGAAGAAGAUAUCUUUUCUAUCAGAGUAACUUAUCUGGGGCCUAAUCUCUGUCUGUUGGAGGACUUGAUUGAGGGUGAGAUUGAGGAAUUCAUUAAGGUAAGGAAAGAAUGGUGGCAGCUUUGGUUUAGUAGUAUUCAACCUUGGAAUCCUUCUGAUGUUGACAAAGAAAGGUUGAUAUGGAUCAAGAUCACUGGAGUUCCUUGUUACGUAUGGGGAGAGAUUUUUUUCAAGAGGUUAGCUGAUCUCUUUGGUCGCUUCAUCAAAUGUGAUGAAGGCACAGCUCUUAAAUCCAGAAUGGACGUGGCCCGUAUUUGCAUCAGUACUGGACACUUUGGUAGGGUGGAUGAAUGUAUAAAUGUGGAAAUAGAAGGUGCGUUUUUCUCGGUGUUGGUGUUGGAAGAGUGUGGGUGGGUGAAUCCAAAGUUUCCGGUGGUGAGGGUUAGGGACGACGAAGGUUCUGUGUCGUCUCAGGCGGAGGAGGAAGAGGUUGUGGUGGGGAACAAUGGGGAGGAGAGUGAGGCGGAGUUCGUGUCCUCGAAGUCUGGAAGCGGCGAUGGGAAGGGUGAAGCUAGUAUUUCUGUGGCAGAAAGUUUUCUAGGUUCAGGCAGGUUCCUUUCACCUAAAAGGUCUAAGAAUCUGUCUACCAAGAAAAAGGUGGUUUUUGACUCUUCUGAUAGGGUUUGUAUUGUCUCUCCCGAGAUUGAUUUGUCCAAGGAAUUAAUUGAUGAAGUGUACUGUGAGGACUUUAGCAGAGUAGGAGACUCGAUUGACAAAGACUUUUCUUUAGUGGGGCCUUCAAAAGUCAAUAAAGCUAGUGGUCAAUCUUCUGAGUAUACUGGGCCGGUUUUAGCUUGUGAAGAGUUGGGCCAAGAGGACUUUGGUGGGCCUUUUUCUUUUGACAAGGCUUGUAGAGAUUGGAUGACUAAAUCAAAAAAACACUCUCCUAGUCAGACCAAGAAAAACAGUUGA